CGGUCUCGGCUGUCGGCUCUCCUCGCUUGCCCGCAGACGGCACGGCGGGCAGAUUCGCUCCCACGUGCACGCCAAGAGGCCCUUCCUGCUCACGCCGGGCGCCCGGGCGGCGCCCUCGCCGUCAACGCUCUCGCGCCUACUCCUCCCGCUCCACCUACAAAAUAAUGGCCGGCGCAACCACCUCCGUCGUCACGUCAACGCUUCCUCAGUCUCCCCACCUCUCAUCAACCCGCGCUUCCGCAACCGCCGGGCCCGAUUCUUCGCCGCCUCCUCCUCCUCCUCCCAGAUGGCGGCUCCAGCUGAUGCCCCCGGCGGAUCGGCUGAUGCCUUCGAGGUGAUCCGCGCUCACCAGGCAAAAGCUGCUCGUCUUUCUCCAGUGGAAGAAAUACGGACCAUUCUGGACCGAAGUGUUAGAGGUGUUCUUGCCACCCAUUCUCAGGAACAUGCUGGUUAUCCUUCUGGUUCCAUGGUUGAUUUUGCAUGUGAUCAGGAUGGCUCCCCCAUAUUAGCAGUCAGUAGUUUAGCAGUUCAUUCAAAGAAUCUCUCCGGAAAUCCAAAAUGCUCACUUCUUGUCGCCAAAGACCCUGAGGACAGAACAGAUACUGUAAUCACUAUAUAUGGUGAUGCUGUUCCUGUUUCUGAUGAACAAAAAGAUUCAGUGAGAAGUUCUUACCUACGAAGACAUCCUGAUGCCUUCUGGGUUGAUUUUGGUGACUUCAGUUUCCUGCACAUUAAACCGAAAGCUGUGUGCUAUGUAUCUGGUGUUGCAACUGCUCUCCUUGGCUCUGGAGAAUUCAGUGCUGCUGAGUACAAGGAAGCAAAAGUUGACCCAAUAUCUCAAUUCUCAACUCCUAUCACAAGCCACAUGAAUAAGGAUCACGCUGAUGAUACAAAGCUCAUUGUGCAACAUUCAACCACUGUUAAGGCAAGUACAUGUAUACUUAUGUAGCAUUUAUUCGAGUAAUACAACAACAAAGCAUUUAUUCCAAUAGUACACAGACAAAACAUUUACUUUAAUAAUAUCACUGCAAAAUCUGAUUAUCUUAAUAGAAAGUUGUGCCUCCGUAUUCUUUACCUGAGGAAGCUGUCUGUUUUCUAUAAUGCAGCUCAUUUCUGUAACUAACUAGUAUUUUUUUUUGUUGGCUGCAUAUCUAAAUCUUGAUGCAUCAUGGCACUUUAGGUUGGAAAUGAAUGUGUACUCUGUUCAAAGCCUACAGUUGCAAUUUUCUUAUCCAACACAAGGUUAAAAGGCAAACAUCAUCGUGACCUCGAAUUGAAAUUUUGCAAACUAGUUUACUAAAGAAACUAACAAUCAAUUUUAUAGUCAAGCUGAUAUGUAUCGGUAUGUUAGCAACCAUAAAUAAUAUUCUACUGUAUGCUGGAAAGUGCAAUCAGCAACAUGAAGAACUGGUUUAAUUGCUGUAGCAUCAGUACAUAUUGUAGUUUUUCAGUAUUACCAAACCAUAAGUCAUGAACUCUUGACCACCCAUGAGCAUGGGAUAGUCAUACAGCAGGCUUGUAUAACUCCAUCUUACAAUUUCUAAGUUUUGCAUUAUUACAGUUUUGAUCAAAUAUUACUCCCACUUUUUCAAACACAUUGAAACUUGAAAGAUGACAAAUGCAAAGCUA